CAGGAUCCUACUCCCUCCCCCUUUUCCUCGACGAAGUCGUCACAAACUGCACCUCGAACCCAGCAACCUGGGCCUGCUACCCAUACACCACCUACGCCGACUCCCCCACAAACUCGCGCGCGACCUUCCAAUGGAUCAUCUCCUCCACCGAUUCCUCCUCCCAGCCAUCAGAGAACUCCUACAUAAUCUCCAGCACCCCGAACCCGCUCACUCUCUCCAUCCCACCCACGCCCCUCCGACUAGAUUUCCCCGGCUUGCCGAAUGAAGCCUUCAGCUUCUGGCUCUAUCUCCCCAAGGAGGUGACGCCGCGCGUCGCCAUCACCGACGACGGCGGCGCCGCGACGUGCUAUUACGCCCGCACGACCUUCGAGGCGACGUUGUAUACCAAGAUGCCGAGGGAGUACCCGCCGGCCUCUGAGAGCGGGGGUGCAGGCGAGGCGUUCCCGGAGUGGCCGUUCGCCGUGAGUGUGAGGCAGGUCGCGGGCGGCGACGGAGGCACGCCGGAGUGCUAUCGCAUGGUGGAUGGGCGGCGGGGGGAGCGGGUUGAGGGGAUUACGGCGGGGGAGAUGGAUGGGGUGCGUGGGGCGUGUGGUUGUUCGUACAAGAAUUAUCUUGCGGUGGAUUGGUGA